GUAAAGAUGAGACUUUAAAUAAAUUAUCAGAUUAUCUUUAAGAAAUAAAGGAUAAAGAAAUAAAAAUAUAAGAAUUGGAAACAAACAUAUAGAAAUAAUAAAAUAAGAUUUGUAUUUAUAAGAAAGAAAUAGAUGUUUUAAAAAGAAACGAAGAAUUAAUAAAUAUUUAAUAUUAAAAUUUAAAAGAAGAACUAAAAAAAAGGAUGAAAUAAAUGAAUAAAUACAUAGUGAAUAAAAUUUGAUGAAAUAAAAUGAAGAAAAAGUCGAAGAAGAUAAGAAAAUAUUUUAAAUUGAAAAAGAUAAAAAAGAGAUUUAAUUUUUAAAAGCAACUAAUGUAAAUUUAUAAGAGAAAAUUUAUUUUUUGGAAAGAGAAAAAACCGAAAUUUUGGAAAAAUAAGUUUUUUUGGAAAAAGAGCAUAUUAAAUUGAAAAAAAUGGAAGAAAAUUUAAAUGAAGAAAAAAAAAAUUAACAAAAUCAAAUUUAAUCUUUUGAAUAGAAAAUAAAUUUUUUAAAUGAAGAAAUUUUUUAGCUUUAAAAUUAAGACAAAAAUCUCAAAAAAAUUCUUAGUGAAUUUAAUGAAAAAUUAGAAGAAAAAAAUUAGGAAAAUAUUGCACUUUCGGAAUAAAAAUAAAACGCUUUUUUAUUAAAAUAGGACAUUUUAGCCCUUUAAAAUUAAGCCUUUUAAUUAAAAUAAGAUUUGGAAUAAUAAAAGGAUGAAAAGUUGCAUUUAUAGAGAGAAAAUUAACUCUUUAAAACUAAAUUGGAGUCUUUAUAGAAAAGUUAUUAGGUAAAAGAUGAGGAAAUAUUUGUUUUAAAAUAAGAAUUAUAGAAUGAAUUGGGUAAUAGAGCUUUUUUGGAAGAAAAAAUAGUAGGUUUAAGUAAAAAAUAUGAUGAUAAAUGUGAAAAAGAGGAAGAAAUUAUAAAUAAAAUGGACGUUUUGGAAGAAAAAUAUAGAUUUUUUUUAAAGGAAAAAACCGAGAAGGAAAAUAAGGAAAAUUUAGAGAAGAAAAUUUUAGAGGAAAAAUUGAGAUUUUCAAAGGAAGAAAAUGAAAGAAAAGAAAAAGAAGAAAAAGUAAAUUUUUAAAAGAAAAAAAUGAUAUUUUGGAAGAAAAGGAUAAUAUAGAGAAAAGAAUAUAAAAUUUAUAAUAGGAAAAAGAUGAAAAUUUAGUAAAAAUUAAACUUUUGGAAGAAAAAAUAAUAUUAUUAGAGGAAAAAAACAAGGAUUUUGAAUAAAAAUUAGGAUAAAAAGAGGUAUAAAUAUAAUUUUGGGAAGAAAAAAUGAAAGAAAUGAGAUUUUUUAUAGAAAAUAAAGAUAAUUAAAUGAAAUAAAUUGAAAAAAAAACGAAUAAUUAUAGAUUUUAUUAUAAAAUAAAGAGAAGAUUUCAAAGGAAAUUUAAGAAAAAUUUGAGUGUACUUUUUUAAAGGAAAAAAAGAGAAAAAUUUUUAUCGGGAAGAAAAUGUAAAUUUGAGGAAAAUUUAGGAAGAUUUAAGUGAAAAAAUAAACGAGAAAAAUAAAAUUAUUUUUGAUCAAGAAAAAAAUAAGGACGAAAUUCAAAAUUUACUGGACGAAAAAUGCGAAGAUAAUUUCAAUUUAAAAAAGGAGAUUUUAGAAAUUUUAAAGGAAUAGAAAAAAAUUAAAAACUCGAACGAAGAUUUAAAAAAUAAAAACGAAAUAAAUUUGCAUAGACUAGACUAAUUGGAAAAUCAAUUGAAUGAAAAAAAUUCUAAAAUAUAAGAUUUGUUUGAUAAAAUAGAUUUGCUUUAGGAACAAAAAGUUUUUUUGGAAAGAUAAAUAACUGAUUUG